AUGGAUUCUCCCGAAUUCGUCUUCAGCACCGUUCAUCCCACGACUCACGAACCUCGCGCUCGGUACUGCAUCUUCCGCAGUCUAUGGGCCGAACUGCCUGACAAUUCUCGAAAUCCGGCAACGAGGAAUGAGAGGCUCUACGAGAGUGACUUACUAUGUUUCACUACCGAUAAACGUAUGAGCAAAGUUGGUGAAUUGUGUGGAGUGGAAGGGCUGGUGAAUGGCUCAGGUGGGGGUGGGAUUUGUGAGGCCGUGUUUUGGAUCAAAGGAGAUGUCAUGGUACAAUGGAGAAUCAAAGGCAAAGCUUACGUGAUCGGCCAAGACAUCGAUUCUGAGGGAGGAAACGUUGUGAAGAAGGAGCUUAUGAAGAGAAUGAGAGUUGUGGGAGACGAGAGCAAACAAGAGGGUUGGAGUUGGGGGAGAGAACUGACGGGACAUUUUGGCAACAUGAGCCCCGGAAUGAGGGCGAGCUUUGCCAAUCCACCCCCAGGACAACUCGUCAAUGAACCUUAUGACGAUAAGCAUCUGAAACUUGGUGGGCAAGUUGAAGAUCUGGAUGACGCUGUUGCGAGGGCGAAUUUCCGGGUCGUCGUGAUCAAACCUACCGUUGUCGAGAGUGUUGAUUUGAAGGAUCCCGAGAGCGCGAGAAGACAUGUCUAUCGCUUCGACGAUUCGACCGGAGUAUGGUCGCAUGAGGAACGUUGGCCUUGA